AUGCGGCGGCCUACAGCCGUGUCGGUAUGGGAAUGGGGAUGGGAGCUAGCCCCUACGGCUCAACUUACCAGUCGCCAUACUCAAGCCCUUACUCUACGAUGGGCGGCGGCUACGGUGGCUACGGCGGUAACAUGUAUGGUGGUGGCUAUGGUGGUGGAUAUGGCGGCUACGGCCGUGGUAUGUACGGAGGAGGGCAUGUAUGGCGGUAUGCCCGGCAACGAUCCCAACAGCCUCGCAAACAGCUUCAACCAGAGCACCGCGGCCACUUUUCAAAUGCUUGAAGGUGUAGUGGGCGCUUUUGGUGGCUUCGCGCAAAUGCUAGAGAGCACAUACAUGGCGACACAUUCUAGCUUCUAUGCUAUGAUUUCGGUCGCCGAGCAGUUUGGCAACCUCCGUGAGACCCUAGGCUCGAUAUUGGCUGACGGGGCGGCCACCUCCCGCGGAUGCGACGGCCCUAACCCCGCCGCAUUUUCCAAGUUUGAAGGCCGCGCGGGGCCCAAUGGCGCGCCCGCGGGCCCUAAGGCUAGCCGCAAGCCUCUCUUUUUCUUCAUUGCGGCGGCCUUUGGCCUACCCUACUUGAUGAGCAAGCUUAUCCGAACGCUCGCUGCAUCCCAGGAGGAAGAAGAGCGCAAGCGACUUGCGGCUAGCGGCGAAGAUAGGCUAGAUCCCUCUCAACUUGAGUACUGCCGCGUGUUAUACGACUACGUACCCCAGACGCAAGCUGGUGCGGCGAACGGCGUCGACUUGGAAGUAAGGAAGGGCGAUCUCGUCGCGGUCCUUGCUAAGACGGAUCCCUUUGGUGCGCCCAGCGAAUGGUGGCGGUGCCGGACCCGAGAUGCCCGCAUGGGGUACCUUCCUUCGACCUACCUCGAGAUCGUGAGGCGGCCUGGCGAGAUCAAGGCCCCCAGACCCGUCGCGGCGAUCAAGGCCACGGCUGCUAGCGACAGCAGCAGGACCAACUCUCUUACUAGCUCUGGCGAGACGGUAUCGACGAUUCAGUCGCCACCCACGCCCACCGGCAUUUCGCGACCCCUUGUCACGGCGAAGCAAGGACCUCUGCUCACGGUUGACGAUUUCCAAAAGAGCCAGUUUUACUAA